UGGGUGAUCCUGGAGGGUGUGCAGGGUGCCGAGGGGCAGAACUGGAGGCAGGGUGUCACGAUCUCGUUUGGCCCUGUGGGCUGCGUGCCUGCAGCGGGCGGCCAAGCCCUCACCUGACGGAGCGGGAAUUUCCGGUCCCUUGUGCUGGCUUUUGGAGGAAAAUGAAAGUGAAAGGGGGAAUCCGAGACAGAGUAGAGAAGAUCGCAGCGCCAUGAAGCCUCUGCCCCUGCUUGUCGCUGUGGCUUUGGGCCUGGUGACCGCCGUCUCGGCUGGACUAGCUGCGAUUGAGUGCUGGUUCGUGGAAGAUGCAGGUCGGGGUAUUCUGAACAAGAAACCUGCCUCGUUGCUGCUGCGCCAGGGACCCAUGGGUCCACCGCCCCGGCCAGAUCUUGACCCUAAGCUAUACUUCAAGGUGGAUGACCCAGCGGGAAUGCUCCUGGCUGCCUUCAGGCGGUACCCCUCAGGCGCCCCCGCGCCACACUGUGAGAUGAGCCGCUUCAUCCCGUUCCCCGCCUCCGCGAAUUGGGCUAGACAUCUGAUCCCGCAGCGGAGCUGCCCACGGGCCCUGGAUGGGGAUUGGCUGCUGGUCAGCGUGUCCAGCACCGUCUUCAGCCUCUCUAGCUUGCUGCGACCACAGCCGGAGCCUCAACAGGAGCCCCAACAGGAGCCCGUCUUCAUCACCAUGGCAACAGUGGUGCUGACUGUCCUCACCCACAGCCCUGUUCCCCGGAUCCAGCUGGGAAAAGACGCAGUGCUGGACCUGAGCUUUGCCUACAUGCCCCCUGUUCUGGAAGAUGCUCUGUCUCCAGCCACCGGCCCCCCUCCCUUUGGGCUAGAGUGGCGACGGCAGCACAGGGGCAAGGGUUACCUACUGCUGGCUGCAACUCCUGGGCUGGCUGGGGAAAUGCCACCAGCCCAAGAAAAGGCCGUGGCCUUUGCUGCUUGGGAUGACAAUGAGCCCUGGGGCCCGUGGACCGGGAAUGGAACCUUCUGGCUGCCGGCUGUGAAGCCUUUUCAGGAGGGCACCUACCUGGCCACUGUGCACCUGCCCUAUCUACAAGGACAGGUCUCCCUGCAGCUGACUGUGCACAAGCACCCCAAAGUGUCUCUAACACCAGCACCCCUUGUGUGGGCUGCCCCAGGAGAGACACCCCCGGAACUGAUCUGCCUUGUGUCCCACUUCUACCCUGAGGAGGGCCUGGAGGUGGAGUGGGAGAUCAGAGGUGGCUCAGAAGGCGGUUCUAGAAAGGCCGAGGGGGAGACAUGGCUGUCCACCGUCCGCCACCAUUCCGAUGGCUCUGUCAGCCAGGCUGGGCACCUGCGGCUGCCCCCAGUCACUGCCAAUCAGCAUGGAGUACGCUAUGCCUGUCGGGUCCGCCACCCCAGCCUGCCAGCAUCAAGGCGCAGUGCUGAAGUCACCUUGGAGGUGGCAGGCCUCUCCCAGCCCUCAAUCGAGGACAGUGUAGGCCUGUUCCUGUCCGCCUUUCUCCUUCUGGGACUCAUGAAGGCACUAGGCUGGAUCGCAGCCUAUCGGACCAUUCGUGAAGACUCAAGGGAGAAGGCGGCAGCUGCCAGCCUGGACUCAAAGAAGUUGCAAUAAGGCACAGUUUCUGUGGGAGCCACCUCAUCUUUGCCCCUCCACCAACAGCUUCUCUUGGAGACAUCUUCUACUCUCUCCUUUGAGCAUGCAGCUAGGGUUGUUUAUUUUUUACUUUUGUUGUUGUUUUUGUUCUUGUUUUUAGACAAGGUCUCUCCAUGUAGCCUUGGCUGGCCUCGAAGUCACAGAGAUCCAUCUGUCCCUGCCUCCAGAGUGACGAAAGGCAUUGGCCACCAUGCCUUGAGGAUUAUUAUUAUUUUAAUUCUUAAGGCUCGAAGGCAGAGGUUCUCAAAAUUUUAUGUUAAAAUUUUGUUAACAUGUUAAAAUCAUGUUAAAAUGAUCAAGAAGCCCAAAGAGUUUUUGUUAUGUGGGCUAUUGGAACUUAACUUAAAAAAAUAAAAUAAAAUAGAAGAAAGAAAAAGUGA